AUGAACAGAAACCACGUAUUUCAUAAAAAACCAAAAAUACUGAGAACUCAUCUGGAGCCAAGAUUUGCCGCAAAAUGCUCAAUUCGAGAGUCUCAUCGAGAAGUUUGUUGGAUGAUAAGAACGAAUCAGCUUCCGACUAAUGUCGUAGUGCCAGGGGGUCUAAUCAAUCGAGAACCACAAAGUAAUAAUACACUGGUCACUGUGGCUAGUGAUCGGAAUUCCGGCACGGUGGGUGUUUCGGAAGCGAGACCAGUGGAAGUUCGAAAUGAUGAGAAAGAGUUGAGAGUGGAUGCAGUGAAACGGCGAACGAUAAUGGAUAACGAAAGAAAGCAAGGAGUCGAAAAGUAUAAGAAUGAGGGUAUUCAUGAGAUUCAAAUCACAAAGAUCAGAGACAGCUAUGAAAAUCUAACGAUGAAAUUGUUCAAGAGGUUGGAUAGAGAUACGGGAAGGUUGAUUCGGACACAGGAGGAUCUUUUGAACAUAUUGUUUCAUCGCCGACACUCGCAAAAAUGCUACCAGGCAUCGAAAAACUAUCAAUUCCAACUUGAAAAACUGAAGUUUACAGUAGGCUACACGGAUGUCAAACUCGAAAUUACCAUGAAAGACUCACCGGAAGUCACAACUCUGGAAUAUUGGUGCCAGGGACAGGAUCGAUGUGCAGUUGUGUACGGAGCAACUAGAUUCUAUCUGGACAAGUCGUGUGACGAAGUUUCCGCAGUGGAUUUGUACUUUCUACUCAAGCAUCCUUUGCUUAGACUGCCAGAACUGGAAUUUGCCAUCGAGCCUUAUGACUUGGAAUAUGAUCACUUUCCAGACAUUUCGGCAAUAGCGAUAGUUGGAUUACUGUUGAUGAAUAAGAGAUCGUGUCAGACACAUGUCAAAAAACUAGGAUAUAUGUUCACAAGAGAAUCAAUGUUCAUGGAUAAACUAUCUACAUUUUCAUUGGAUACAAGUGUCCUUGCUCAGAUGCUCAUUCAUUUACCAUCUCGAUAUCUCCACGAGCUGUCACUUCGAGUUUGGAAUGAUUCGGAACUCAUUGCAGGGUAUAGAGAAUUGGAAUUGAUUGUUAGCGAUCUUGUGGAAAGAAAUAAGGUGAUGGAGCUCCAAUUGGAUGGCCUUGUGUUGUCUCGUUCUGCAUGGAAGCACGCAAAAGUUUUGAAUGUUGAAGAUAGGCUCAUGGCAAAGGAUUGGACGAAAUUCCUUCAUUUUGAAACUGUCUGUGUGCUCAAUAUGGAUGCCAAACGGAUUCUACAUGCUAAAAAUAUCUUCCAACAGAAGGACAUGUUGCCAGGGAAUGGGUUCACUAUUCAAGUCAGAGACGAUAUGAAUUUGUUGGAAAUUCAAAAUUAUCUCAUUGCGGAAAGAAUCAAUGUUCGAAGAGAGGAAAAUGAAUUGAGUGUUAGUUGUUUGACAAAUGAUGAUAAGAAGUGGAUUUUUUUCAAAAUUGAUAACCGAAAAAUUGUGGUCACACAUCGGAAAAAGAGACGGGGUGAAGUGGAAGUCUAUAAUUAA